GCUCGCAUCGAAUUGACGUUUGACAAUUAAAAUACAAUGCGUGUGCAGUUGACUGUAUGUACCCACAUACAGUAAAAACUUCAACUUAUCGAUAAAUUUUAUCAUUAUUACUUAUAUUUUGCUUUGUCUGUUCUUCCUCUUCUCCAGUUUUGUGUGUUAAAAAUAAGCCAAACACACGAUAUCAGGCUCUGCCAGUGUUGUAUAAAUAUAAUAAAAAUACUUACUUCAGUGUAUGUGUAAAAGUGCGUGUGUAUACAAAAUACAAGAGAGAGUGGAUCAGUGGAUGAGCAAGUUUAUAGUCUAUACCCUGAAACUUGGGGGUCAACUACUCGACUCCUCGACGACAAUUUUUACCCGAGGACGACGCGACGACUCUCUCGUUGUGUGUGUAUGUACACAGCAAGAACGGGCGCGUGUGUGUAUAAAGGACACUGGGGUAUAACAUAAUAAACCUGUCAAAGGGGCCCCUGCCCAACGCGACGAAAAGGAUCCUCGUCGUCGAUUCCUGGUGCUGAACGACACAUCUAAUAUGUCGGAACAAUCACAAAUGGAAGGAGCAGCGGCUGCAGCACCCGCGGUAGUUGGGAUAAAUCUUCAAAAUCAUUCCCCAGAUCUCCAAGUGAAUCAGAUUAAUAAUCAGAAUUCAACUCUUAAUCAAAAUGACAAAAACGAAGAGCAAGUACAAGCAGUAGAUCAUGCAAGAGUUCAGGUUCCAUGCCAACCACAAGCUGCAGCUGUAGUGCAAUUGGAACCUGAGGAUAUUCCACCCCCCAAGCCAGAUUUUUCUGCUCCACCACCUUAUGAGGUUGUCACAAAAUUACCUAGUUACGAAGAGGUUCAAAGGGAGAAGACCCUUCAUGGUGAACCCAUGCCACAGACUCAUCCCGAAAUAAAUGUAGAUUGUUUACCUGGGGAUUUAAGGACACCACAUCAGCCUUUGACUAUUUUGGCAAUAGAUUCUGAUGGUGCUGAGGGUGAUUUGGAAAGUCGAAUGCUGGGUACAGAUUUUAUGUUUAUUACGGCCUUUUUAGUUGCAUUCCUAUUUAACUGGAUUGGUUUUUUGCUGUUGAUGUGCUUCUGUCACACAAUAGCAUCGCGAUACGGAGCACUGUCUGGAUUUGGAUUAUCCUUAACGAAAUGGACAAUAAUUGUUAAACAGUCAACUGAUUUGGCCUCCCGUGAAAAUGCGUGGCUGUGGUGGUUGAUAAUGCUCAUUGGUAUACUGAUCUGCCUUCGUGCUAUUAUUCAGUAUUUGAAUAUCAAACGGGGAUGGCGUCUAUUAUCGGGCAGUGCUCAAGAACGCCUACUUUUUUAUUAUUGAGCUUUUAAUUACAAAUUUCAAAGUGAUUCAUUCAGGGUGAGAGAGCAAAACUUUUUUUAACUACAAUUUAUAGAGGAAUGAAAUUAUAUUAUGCAAGGUAUACGGGUUUUGAUAUACUUUUUGUGAUUUGAAGGUUUUAAAAAAGUUUUUGUGAUUUCCAGUGCUUUAACAAAAAAAAGUCGCACAUAUGUAUGAAAAUUUAAUGUGGUCUACACAUCAUGUGAAAAGUUUUGGUACAUUUGAGAAUUGUUUUAUUAGAUUUGUUCAAGCCCCUUUUGGUUCGGUUCGGUUCUCUUAACAAAAUAUACCUAUACAUAGGGAACCAAACAGAACUGGUUUUGUAUAUAUAGGUAUAUUUUGUUAAGAGAACCGAACCGAACCAAAAGGGACUUGAACAAACCUUUACUUAUACACCAUUGUCUCUACAUUCUUCUUGUUAUAAAAACAAUGUCAAUCAAAUGUGUAAAGAAAGAGCUAAUAAUUACAAUUGUAUAAAUUAAGUAUCUUUGAUAGUUCACAUUGUAGGUUUUAAACAUUUCAAGAAGUGAACUAUCAAACCAGAGUACAUUUUAAUUUUUGUUACGGAAUGAAAAGCUGUUUAGCAGCAUCCUAACAAUUACACAAUUCAAUGUGCAAAAAAUGUUGAUGAUAAAAAUAAUCUAGAUUAUAAGUAUGGGGCUUAAAUAUACUUGAUCAAAAGUGUGCAAGUAUAAAUCGUAAUGUUAUUAAAAAAAUCAUAUUGAUAAGUAAUCUUUUGUAAGACGGCAGUUUUGUCGGAUUGCUUAAUAAUGAGUUGUAAUUAUGAUUUACAAUGAAUGAAAAAUUCGAAAGUUUGUAAAAUGAUAUAUGUACACUUUUAUUUUGCUAAAUCGAAUUUAAUAUAUUUUAAACUAUUUUUUUAUCAUAGAAUAUAUAUACAUAUAUAUAUAUCCUAUACGUAUUUUCUAUUAUACCCAUUCAUGUUGCAAGCGUUGAUAAAAUGUUAACACUGCUUUUUUAGUGCACUCUUAUUUAUUCUAAGGUAUUAAUUAAAUUUAAGUAUCUCUUGUAAUUUAUAAGUAUUGAUUUUACAAUUUUCUUGUCUCAGAC